GCAAAGGGUGGGCAGGGCGUGGCGGGGGAAGGUGGAAGGUGGGGAGCAGGGGCUUCGGGGUCUGUUCCCAGGCGGUGGAGGCUCUUGCUGGGACUUCUGGCUUUGUCCCUGCCAGGCCGUGCCAGUGGUUUGGGUCCGCCCCGGAGAAAGCGGACCACCUUCAGUAGAGGGCAGCUGCUGGAGCUGGAGCGGGUGUUUGCGGCCUGGCCCUACCCUGACAUCAGCACCCGUGAACACCUGGCCCGGGUCACCCACCUUCCUGAGGCCAAGAUCCAGGUAUGGUUCCAGAACCGCCGGGCUAAGCGAAUCAAGAACAGGAAGCCAGGAGACUUGAUCCCCAGGCCUGAGUCCCCCCAGAGUUCCUACUCUCUACCACACACCCCUCUACAUCCCUCGGAGCCCCAAAUGCUGGGCCAGCCUCUGCCUGCCACCAGCACAGCUGAGUGCCCUUCUGAGUGUCUGCAUGCCUCCCGUUUAGCUCCUCCUUUGGGUUCCAGCCAGGGCUGGGCAGGGGCUAAGGCUACAGCCCCAAGGGGACUGGCUGGGGCUACAGUGGUCCACCCUUCUUUGGAGCGAGCUACUUCUCAGACCUCACUAGGCAGGUUGUCUGACCUCAUCUAUGCCUCGGCCAUUGUCACCAACGUGGACCAUUCUUAAUCUACAUCCAGAACUUGCAGGCCCCCUUCUUUGGCUCCUGCGGCACACCUUGCCUUUCCUAAGACUGAACAUCUGUGAAGUGGACCCUUGCCCCUCCUUUUACACAGGGGAGUGCUUUUAUGGGGAGUUUAGCUCAGGAAUUCCCCCAGGUCCUGCACGGUGACUGGGGGCAUGGCUCCUGCUGCCCAGACUCUGGCCCCUCCUGGGACAUACGUCUGUCAUCUGGGCAGGAGGUACCUUCAGAAGGAUGGGGGGAGGCUGUUUCUCAAUACUCCUAUCAGACCUGGUUUCCAAUUCUCACCCCAAC